ACCACAAUGGCCAGGCUCGUAUGAGGGAGCUGCCCCUGUCAGUAGCACAGACGGCUCAGCAGCGCAGCGGCUCCAGAUUCACCAGGACACUGACACCGAGACGCAAGUGGGGAAUAUGACACACAUCGGAGAAAAGAAAGGUAGGUCAAUGUGGCUAUUAAAGCAGCUCUCUGGGGUAGUUAUCAGUCGCCGUGGAUUCCUGAGGCCUGUCUCUAUAGCAACCCAUUCCUCCUCCUGAGUGCUGCUGCCAACUUACCCUCUUCACCACACGACAAAUCUCUCCUCAUCCCCCUGGCCAAUCGCCGGACCUGAACUGCGUUGGAAUGGACACUGAGUCGACCCACUCGGGCUACUCCUAUCACUCCAGCCGCUCGGGGAGAUCAAACCGACAUGGGGAUCGAAGUCGCGAGCGGCACAAGGCCAGCAGCAGUAAAGACAGCAGUCGCUCUGAGAGGUCCGUUGUCAUCAACCCCCCUGACACGCCCUCCCAGGACUCCCCCGUUCACAAUGGAGAUCCGCUGCCAGGAGAACCCACACCAGCAGCAGAUCUGGGAGAUGAGGCCCAGGAUGAUAACUGGGGGGAAACCACCACCGCGGUGACAGGCACCUCAGAGCUGAGUAUUUCUCAGGAGGAAGUGGUUGGACUGGGGAAGGGAAUGCAGGACCGGACCGCAGGCUUCCGCCGUUAUCUUCCCCUGGCUGUAGGCUCAUGUGUGGGGCUGCUGGUGCUGGCCACGCCCCUGGCCUUCCUGCUUCUUCCGGCUGUAAUGUGGCCAGACAGGCUGCAGGCUUGUGGCGCAGCCUGUGAGGGACUCUUCCUCUCCAUCGCCUUCAAGCUCCUCAUCCUCCUGUUGGCCAUGUGGGCCUUGUUUCUCAAGCCAGGCCGGGCAAGCCUGCCCAGAGUGUGUGUGUACCGUGCCUUCCUUACCACACUUACACUUCUGCUCACCAUGUCUUAUUGGCUCUUCUAUGGGGUCCGGAUCCUUGAUGCACAGGAUGAGGACUACCAUGGGAUCGUCCAGUUUGCUGUGUCCCUCGUGGACUCCCAGCUGUUUGUCCACUACCUGGCUGUGGUGCUGCUGGAACUCCGCCACCUCCAGCCCUGCUACAGCGUGUGUGUCAUCCGUUCCACAGACGGCGAAACACGUCACUACAACAUAGGACAGCUUAGCAUUCAAAAGGCUGCUCUGUCCAUUUUGGAGUAUUACUACAGAGACUUCCCACUCCAUAACCCAGCCCUUCUCUCCGCCUCUAAGCACCGGGCUGCCAAACACCUGGCCGGGUUGAAGGUGUACAAUGUGGAUGCUCCGGGGAACACAGCAGCAGCGCAGCCUGGUAAUGGGAAUCAGUCACGGGCUAUGGUUACAGCUGCCGCCAAACGCAAAGACAGCGCCCACAAUGAGCUGUAUUAUGAAGAGGCCGACUACGAGAGAAGAGUCCGUAAACGUAGAGCCAGGCUGGUGGUGGCUGUGGAGGAGGCCUUCACACAUGUCCGUCGGAUGAAAAAAGAGGAUGAGCGUGGGACACCGUCUGACAUCAUGGAUGUGCGUGAAGCAGCUCUGGCUAUAUUUCCCUCCAUGGCCCGUGUGCUGCAGAAGUACCUCCGCACCACCAGGAGGCAGCACUGCCACAGCAUGGAGAGCAUCCAGAAGCACCUGGCUUUCUGCCUCGUUAAUAACAUGAGCCCUAAGGCGUUCCUCGAGGCAUACCUGGCCCCUGGUCCGACCCUGCAGUACGGCCCUGAGCGCUGGAUGGCAGACCAGUGGACUUUGGUCAGCGAGGCUUCUGUCACCGGCGGCAUAAAGGAGGGGUCAGAGUUCCUGCUAAGAUGUCUUGACUUUAGCUUAGCUGUGACUGUCAAGGGCAUCCCGUACAUCAGACUGACUGAGGAGUACAUAGACCCCAAGUCUCACAAGUUUAUACUGCUGCUCCAAUCAGAAACCUCAGUUUAACGCAGUGGACCAGUGCUGCUGAUCUGGACUUACAGGACUGUUACACAUCUCCGACUGAAUUUUUCAAACAAUGACUUUUUGUACUGUUUUUUUUUUUUGUACUUUUGUUUAUGUAAUUUCCUCACAAAGAAUAUCUUUGUUUCCUUGUCUUUGUCCCGAGCAACAUGAAAGGUGAUCAAAGACAGAAAAUGGGAGGGAGAAUGCUUGGAUUUCUCUGUCCUGACGUUUGCAGAACACAGUUCAGGUAUUCCUCUAUGCACGACAGAUGACCCUCACAAAUCUUCUUUUUCUUUUUAUUUGCAUGUGCCAGUGUGUGCCUGCGUGGGGGAGUUCAUGAUUUUUGAGCAGUGUGUGUGAUUUAAGAUGAAAAUGCAUGUGUGUUUUGAGUGUAGCGUACACUCAGGAUCUGUCUAGACCUGUCUCUUCUUUUCGCCUUAGCGUUAGUGACUGGGACAUUUGAUAUAACCUGAACCCUUUUUCUCCAAAACUGCUCUUUUAGUUUUUGCAACAAUUAUUUAACUGCCCUGUAUUACAGAUGUAUGUACAGUAUUUAUAUGUGAAUAUACUUUAUCCUUCCAGACGUUUUAUAUCAAAAUUGUGCAUUGCUAGAUUCUUUUUUUUUACCUUGUCAAAGAUAUGUUUUUUUACCUUGUCUGUCUGCGCUGUUUUUGUGGCGAUAACUGUACUGUAAAUAGAUGAAACAUGUUUGUAAAUGUCAAAAUCACUGGAAUCUCUUGGACUGAGUGCAACCACAGUACAGCUGAAUAUAGAUGGUUCUAGCCAAUAGAUUGUGAGGAAACACGUGACUACUUAUUGUGUAUGUACAGUCAAGUGUGUGCAGUGUACUGAUCUUUUUGUAGGCCAGCAGAGAGAACGCUAUUAGGUUUAUGUGGGUGACCUUUUAUAUCUUGUGUUAAAACUGUUGCCUUUGUGCUGUUUAAUUUUAAAACAUAUGCCACUGAUUUUCAUCUUUAUUCAUCAUGAGGAGAGUGUAUUGUUGCAGCACCCAUCUGCAUAAUGUAAAUCAUGGAGCACAAGAAAAUGCAUAACUUGACCUAACCUAAAGGGAUAUUACUUCAGCAAUUUCAAAACAUUUAGGACAUCCCUCCAAACUUCUCACCUAAAUGAAUAGUCACUUAUUUCAUGCUGGCAAGUGUUUAAACAUGUGCUGCAAAUGAAUAAUUUAUUGUAAAUUAGAUCAACCCGGUGUCAGUAUUUCUGCUGUCAGUAUUUUGUCUCAGUAUCACACUACUGCCACCUAUCUGCAGCUACUGGAACAGGAACACUGUCCUGAGCUUCAAUCAAACUGUUGAUUCGUAUGAAUAUUUAAUCUGUUUCAAACCCUUUGUAUUUAUGAGAACUGUUAUGUUGUAAAUUUAUAUUUACACAAGUGUUACUGUGGUCAAUGAUGGUGUAGUUUUGUUUAGGCUUUUAGAGUGUUGAUGGUUGUAAAUAGUUCUUGACUACACGUGCCUCAGUUAUACAUAUUUAGGAUGUGCUCAGCAUACAUGUACAGUUUUCAAGUGUGUGUGUGUGUGUGUGUGUG